AUGGACAUUCUGAGUAGGCUACCUGUGAAGUCAGUUGUUCGUUUCAAUUGCGUCUCAAAAUUUUGGAAUACAUUAAUCUCUCAACCUUAUUUUACAAAGAUACAUCUCAAUCAUGCCAAAAAUCAAGCCAGUUCCCAAAAAUUGCUUUCUCUCCACUACCAUCCUAAGCAUGAAGAUGAUAAUCGUCUUUACUUCUAUUUGUCUUCUUUAUCCUUGGUUCAACUCGUAAAGGAUACCCGCAUAGUUGAUUGCCCUCCAAAUUCUAAUCCAUCAGAUGGUGCACUCGUCUAUUGUAGCUGUGAUGGCUUGUUUCUCAUUGGAAUCUGGAGUGAACCUUAUGUUGAACAACCUUCAACAUUAUUGAUAUGGAAUCCCUCCACAAGAGAAUCUAUACUACUUCCCCAUUCCAAAUAUUACUCUAGUAGUGAUUCCAAGUAUUACUCUAGUAGUGAUUAUGAAGAUAUUAGUGAUUUUGAAGAUGGUGAUGAUGAUGAUCUCCGAUCUACUUACGGAUUGGCUUAUGACUCUAUUAGUGAUGACUAUAAAGUCUUUAGGCUGGUCCUGCCUUUUCAUGGCCAAAACGAAAACGAAAUUUUCGCACUGAAAAAAGGAUCAUGGAGAAUUAUUGACGAAACCUCCUCAUCAGGUAUGACAGAUUGUUCUAUGUAUUCUGGUGGGGAAUUUUUGCCAUUUGUAUAUGGAGCAUUUCAUUGGCUUGGUAUCUCAUCAAAGAAGUUGUACGUGGUUUCAUUUAAUAUUUCAUAUGAAGUGUAUGGAGAGAUAUCAUUGCCAGAAAUUGUGUGUUUCCUCGCUAUAUCUAAGUGGUCCAAACAUAAAAUUGAAGUUGAUGUGGGUGUAUCAGUGUUGGGCGGAAUGCUUAGUUUUUAUUAUAAAGAUGAAACAUCUUUUAAUUUAUGGAUGAUGAAAGACGGCCCUGAUUGUGAUGACAUUGACAUUGAUGCAAUUACAAUUGACAAGGAUAUUGGUAUUGUUUAUAAUGGUAUUGUUUAUACAGAAAGUCUCAUCUCUCCGGAACUAGGUCUCGGGGUGUAA